AUGAGCAACAUCCCCGCCAAACCCGACGAAGAUGAACAACGGACAGAAGCUCAACUACAGGACAUACUCGAGAGGCGUUCAGCCCUCAUCUCUCAACUCUCGCGCCUGCUCGACUCUGAACCUACCGCUUCCGCCCUGAAGUCUACCAACCUGGCCCGUCACAAAGAAGUCCUACAACAACACCGCAGAGAGCUCGACAAGCUCAAAUCCAACAUCGGCCAUCAACGAGAUCGCGCCAACCUCCUUUCCAACGUUCGCAAUGACAUCAAUGCAUACCGUGCACAGAACCCCGAGCAAGCAGAGGCAGACUACAUGCUGGACGAGCGCAGCCGCAUAGACAACAGUCACAACAUGACAGAUACCGUCCUCACACAGGCAUACGCCAUCAACGAGCAGUUCGGCAUCCAGAGGGAGACCCUUACCAGCAUCAAUCGUCGCAUAGUCGGAGCAGCCAGCCAAGUACCUGGCAUCAACAGUCUGAUUGGCAGGAUAGGCAAUAAGAAGAGGCGGGAUGGUAUAAUAAUGGGCAGCUUCAUUGCAUUCUGCUUCUUGGUCUUCAUGUACUUUUGGUAA